CCCCUUUCGCGGUAGGCGCGAGCGGCCCCGGGCCUGUCGCUGUCUCUCGCAGCCCGGCAUCAGCGAGUCCUCCCUGCUCUUGGUCCCCAGCAGCGUCGCGGAGGCCCGGGCGGUGGUGGAGACAUGUGCUGCGAGAAGUGGAGCCGCGUGGCCGAAAUGUAUCUCUUCAUCGAGGACCGGGAGGAGGAUUGUAAAAUCCUCUGCCUCUGCUCCAGGGCGUUUGUGGAGGAUCGAAAAUUGUACAACUUGGGACUAAAAGGCUACUACGUCAGAGGAAGUGGCAACAAUGCAGGAGACCAAGCUACAGAAGAGGAGGAAGAAGAUCAUUCCCAUUGGACUACAGAAUCACGUGACAGCAAAGGCAUAGACCUAGAGGAAAGUGACCUUGAUUCUGAGGCCGAACUAAUGAGAAGUAUGGGACUGCCCCUUCAGUUUGGUAAGAUAUCUGCACAUCAGAAUUUUGAGGUGUGUAUGAAUACCAGAAAUAAAGUUAAAAAAAAGGAAAAAAGAAAAAAGAAAAAACAUCAAAUGAAGUACUUAGAUGAGAUUAUGCAAGAAUCUUGGAGAAAAGAUGAAGAAGAUGACAUAUUAGCUUCAGAUGACCCAUCUUCAGUUGAACAGUGUGAGAACUCUGGCACAUCCAAACUUCAAAGAAAAAAGGAUGCUAAAACAGAAAAUCUGCCUGUUGAAAAUAUAUUAUCUCCAAGUCCAGAAAUUACAGAGAAUUGGGAAAAGUAUUGGAAUGAGUAUGGGGAACAAUUGCUAUGGCAAAGCUGGCAAGAAAAUCAUCCAGAUCAAAUACUGUCUCCUGAACCUUGGAACUUUCCUGAUACAAAGGAAGAAUGGGAACAACAUUAUAGUCACCUUUAUUGGUAUUAUUUGGAACAAUUCCAGUUCUGGGAAGCUCAGGGUUGGACUUUUGAUUCCUCACAAAGCUGUAAUACUGAGACUUGUUCAUCUAAAACAGAAACUAACAAUAAGAAAGAUGAAACCUGCAUUACAGUUGACUUAAAAGCUUUCCCAUCACCUGCUAUACUUGGUAACAGCAGCCCUGAUCCAAGUGAGGAGGAUCAUAACAGGAUACUUGAUGGGAUUCGUAAUGUAACUCUGAGCUCAGAGGGAACACUGCAAAGCCAGUUAGAUUGUGUUGUAAGUCUUGAUGGUCAACAGCAGCCAAAUGGAGUUAGCAGCACCAGAGAGUACCCUGCAUCUGGCCAAAGUGAACCAUGUAAUGGAGCAGCCCAGGAAAGCAAUUUAUCUGGCAAUAGAAGCAGAGAACAACCUGCUCAGGAGCCCCAAGAGUCUUCAGGAGCAAACACAAACAAUAACAGACCACAGAGCGACGGAGCUAAUGGAGAUGACAGUGAAGAAGAUCCACCUGAGCAUCAGCCAAGCAAGCUCAAGAGGAGUCAUGAACUGGAUAUCGAUGAAAACCCCAAUUCAGACAUCGAUGACAAUGGUUCUCUUCUAGGAUUCAAGCAUGGUUCGGGGCUAAAGUAUGGUGGGAUCCCAAACUUUAGUCAGCGGCAAGUCAGGUAUUUAGAGAAGAACAUGAAGCGUAAAUCAAAGUACUUGGACAUGCGCCGACAAAUAAAGAUGAAAAACAAACACAUCUUCUUUACUGAAGAAUCAGAAAAACCGUAUUUCAAGAAAAGCAAAGCUUUGAGUAAGGUAGAAAAAUUCCUAAAAUGGGUUAAUGAGCCAAAGGAUGAAGUGUCACAGCAGUCAUUUUCUAAAGACAGUGGGCAAGACACUUGCACGAGCAGUGACUCAGAGGAACAAGACAUGUCUGUUAAGACACGCGAUGACCCAUCAGAGCCCAGUAAUCCCGAUCCUGGCGAGAGUCAGACCAUAUCUUCAGUUGGUGAGCUCGACCCAGAAAAAGAUGGAGGAGACAUCCUGGUAGCAGCUGUUCCAGAUGAGCAGGAUUGUGUUCUUCAAGAUAUACCAGACUCUGUGCAGGCGGAGACCGAAGCUGAAGUGAAAAAGAAGAAGAGGAAGAAAAAGAAGAACAAAAACAAAAAGACGAACAGUCUGCCUUCUGAGAUCGCUGCUGUUCCUGAGCUGGCGAAGUACUGGGUCCAGCGGUACAGGCUCUUCUCUCGUUUUGAUGAUGGGAUUAAACUGGACAGAGAAGGCUGGUUUUCAGUUACACCCGAGAAGAUCGCUGAGCACAUUGCUGGCCGGGUCAGUCAGUCCUUCAAGUGCGACACUGUCGUAGAUGCAUUCUGUGGCGUCGGAGGAAACACCAUUCAAUUUGCCUUAACGGGAAAGAGAGUGAUUGCCAUCGAUAUCGAUCCUGUUAAGAUUGAUCUUGCUCGUAAUAACGCAGAAGUUUACGGGGUAGCAGAUAAGAUAGAGUUCAUCUGUGGAGAUUUCCUGCUGCUGGCCUCUUCUUUAAAGGCUGACGUCGUGUUCCUCAGCCCACCUUGGGGAGGGCCAGACUACGCCACCGCAGAGACCUUUGACAUCAGGACCAUGAUGUCCCCCGAUGGGUUUGAAAUUUUCAGACUUUCCCAGAAGAUCACUAAUAAUAUUGUUUAUUUUCUUCCAAGAAAUGCUGACAUCGACCAGGUGGCUUCCCUAGCUGGGCCUGGAGGGCAAGUGGAAAUAGAACAGAACUUCCUCAAUAAUAAAUUGAAGACAAUCACUGCUUAUUUUGGUGACCUGAUCCGAAGGCCAGCCUCUGAAACCUAACUGAGGCAAUCCAAAGACAAAAAGCACAUUCUGUGGUCAGAACACUUGUGCGGUUCCGUUCUGCACCCGUACUCUCUCGGAUUUUUGUUUUCUUUUGUUUCUGUUUUGUUUUGUUGUGCCCCUAGUCUUAACCUCACCAUGUGAAGUUGAAACCGACACGAGUGUGAUGAGUAUUAAUGAAGUACUUUGAGUCUUU